UCCAGCGCCCAGACCCGCCCUCGGCCCCGGGGCACCCGCGGUCCCCAGCGCCGCCCGCUCCCCGCCUCCGGUCCCCGCCCCGCGCUCGGGGCGCAUAGACACCGCGGCGCGACGGGUCCCAGGGUCGCUCAGCUGCGGACGCCGGGGCCAUGCAGCCGGCUAAGCCCGGCGGCCCCCUGCCAGCCCUGCUGCUGUUGGCGCUGGCGCUGUCCCCGCACGGGAUCCAGGCGCGGCCCCGGGGGCGCAGAGCAUCGCGCGUCGGGGAGCCCAGGCCAGCGCUUUCUCUCCUGGCAGCCGGAGCUCGGCCGCCCAGAGCCUCCCGGAGCGCAGAAAUAUUCCCAAGAGAUUUGAACUUGAAAGACAAAUUCAUAAAGCAUUUCACAGGGCCUGUCACAUUUUCAGCUGAAUGUAGCAAACAUUUCCAUCGACUCUAUUACAAUACCCGGGACUGCUCAACACCAGCUUAUUACAAGAGAUGUGCUAGAUUGCUGACAAGAUUGGCAGUGAGUCCUCUGUGUUCCCAGACUUAGGAGACUUACCUUACAUUUUAUAAAGAUGCAAAU